AUGCCAGUUCCUAAAUCGUAUAAACUUGCCUCCGGGUUCAACAUCCCAACAAUUGGGUUGGGAACUUAUGAUUUGCCACCUUCGAAUACCACGGCGAUAGUGGAGGCCGCACUGGAGGUAGGUUACAGGCAUCUAGACACCGCGGUGCUGUAUGGGAACGAGGCGGAAGUCGCGCAAGGUGCUAUGAAUUUCCUGGGGAGACAUCCCGAUGUGAGUCGAGAGGAUAUCUUCUACACAACAAAGCUUUGGAACAGCCAGUUCGGCUACGAAAAGGCGAAGAGAGCCAUUCGUGAGUGUGUCGAGUGUAUUGGUGGGCUUGGCUACAUUGACCUGUUGCUGAUGCAUUCGCCGAUCGGUGGCAAACAGGUGAGAAGAGGUACGUGGAAGGCAAUGCAGGAAGCUGUGGAUGACGGGCUUGUCAGGAGCAUUGGUGUGUCGAGCUACGGUCAGAGACACCUUGAAGAUCUGUUCGAGUGGUCGGAACUGAAACAUGCCCCCGCUGUGAACCAGAUCGAAAUCUCACCUUGGAUCAUGAGACAACAGUUGGCAGACUACUGUAAAUCGAAGGGUAUCGUAGUUGAGGCGUAUUCGCCACUGACCCACGGUUACAAGCUGGAUGACCCAGAUUUGUUGAAGGUCGCAGAGGAAACUGGGAAAAAUCCAGGACAGGUUUUGCUUAGGUGGUCGUUGCAACACGGCUACGUACCCUUACCGAAGACCAAGACGGUGUCUAGAUUGCAGCUUAACUUAGAUGUCUUUGAUUGGGAACUGUCCCCUGAACAUAUGAAACUACUGGACCAUCCUGAAGCAUACGAGCCUACCGAUUGGGAGUGUACUGAUACUCCAUAA